AUGGAAAGAAUCAAUACUAAUUCACGAGCAUACUUCUUUCUCUUUGCCACUGCACGUUGGUUUGGUUUACGACUCGAUCUGGUGGUAUCCUUACUCCCUUUAGUUCCUGAUAUUCUUGCAGUAGUGUUGCGCCAUCGAAUCGAUCCAUCGGCAGCAGCAGCACUCAGUAUUAGCUAUUGUAUCACUUUAACAGGUCUUUUUCAAUGGUGCAUACGACAAUCAACCGAAGCUAAACAUUUCAUGACCAGUGCAGAACGUUUUCAUGAAUAUGAUCAACUUGUACCAGAAAAUCAAGGGAACAGUAAUGAGAACGAUGUUCCUAUUCAACCAGCAAAUGAUUGA